ACUGAUUCAUUGAUACCGACGAUUCGAGUACUUGAAAGUUGUCAUUUGUUUUGAUUCUAAACUUUUUUCUUUCAACAUGUGAAUAUUCGAGUUUAAAUACGAUUAAUAUUUGAUUCAAUUUAUGAACAAAGAAUUAUUGUAAGUAUAGGUAUAGCGAUUUAUCCAACUCUUCAUUCAAGCUACCUAAGAAAUAUUUUUAAAAUGAAAAGACAACGUUCAUUAAGUUUCCUACACACUGCUUCAUUCGCUUCGUCGCCAAUCAAUUUUUUUUUACUUUUAAACUUAUUUUCAUUGGUAUCAGCCCAGAAUUCCACUAAAAAUAUUUGUCAAACAAAGGAAUGUUUAUCUGCUGCACAGAAUUUAAAAGAAUCCAUCAAUUUCAAAGCAGAUCCUUGCGAUGAUUUCUACAAGUAUGCCUGUGGAAAUUGGCCUAACGUUCACCAGAAUCCAAGUUGGAUGCCAGAAAACACUAUUACGCUGAGAACAGCUGAAAAUACAGCAGAACUUCACGAUUUUCUCAAACUGAAUAACUCUCAAGACGAACCUGAAGCUGUCCACAAAAGCAGACAAUUUUAUGCAUUAUGCUUGAACAAUACUGCUUACAGUAAUAAACUAGAACCAAUUGAAACCAUUUUACGAGAAAUCGGUCUACCUGCAGUGGUUUCCUUACUCGGAUAUGACGAAAUUAAUAACUACGAUUACACGACAGCUUUAGCCAAAGCAGCCAAAUUGGCUGGAAUCAAGAUGUUUUUCGAUCUUACAACCAGCUUUAAUCCUUAUAAUGGAACAUUGAAUGUGAUUUAUUUGAAGAAAAAAGGACCCAUGUCAGAACUACUCGAUUCAUCCACUUUAACAUCAAGCAGAUCAAAACGAGCAGUAGGACAAUUUGACCAGUAUUACAAUAACCAAAACCAAUUUAUGGCUCAAGUCAUACGUAGGAUGUGCGAAGACAGUACUUCAACCUCUUGUAAACACUGGAAUUCGACUUAUAGUUUCGUGAGAGACAUAAUUAUCCAAAAAAUUCUGACUCAAAGGAGUGAAAUUGAACAGAUUAAUUUGAUGCCUUUUUCUAUGUUGAAUUCUACACCGGUAGUCAUAUACUCCUUGAAACAACUGCAAGAUUUAACUGAUAGUAUUGCAAUAGAAGUAAAUACAACAAUCCCAAAGUUGAAUUGGACGAGAUACAUAGAAGAAACGUUUACUGGAUUAGAUGUACAAAUGGAUCUCACUGACCCAAGACGAGUUCAAAUUGGCAUUGAAAAUUUAAAUACAAUCAAGACAAUGAUACGAUAUAUUUACAAAAUAGAAAAUGUGAAACUACUUGUGGUUGGACUUUGGUGGGAAGUGGUUUCCGAUCUGUUACCCUACGUUGAUUUUAAUAUUUUCGAAAAAAAAUACGAAAUAAAUAAUAUCGAAGCUAGAGAAAAACGAUGCGCUGAGCUGACCAAGUUAUCGUUUGGUUUGGCUAUCAGUUACACAUAUGCCACAAAGGAAAAGUACAUCAAUGCUAAAACCAACAUUCGCAAAAUGUACGAUCAUAUUCGAGACAGUUUCAAACAAAUUAUACAGCAAGUCCCCUGGAUGGAUGAAACUACCAGACAAAGAGCACUGAAUAAGCUACAGUUAGUGAAGCCUUACAUAGUAUAUCCUGAUGGAAUCAAGUCAACAAACUUGCUGAAUGAGUACUAUCAAAAUACAAAAAUAACCGACAAUUUCUACGAUACGGCGAUAACAAUAAUUCAAAAUAGAGUGAAAAAUAUUUCAAGCACAUUGAAUCAAAUGAAUGACUUUAGCAACGCUGAAUGGAUUCUAAUUCCUACCAUUGUCAAUGCUUUCUACGCACCUGAACUGAAUUCCAUAGUCAUUCCAGCUGGCAUUAUUGGAUUAUCAAUAUACAACAAUAGUCUACGAGCCUUAGAUUAUGGAGGAAUUGGUUCAAUUGUAGGACACGAAUUGACCCAUGCAUUCGACAAUACUGGACGACGUUUCAAUGAGAUUGGGAAUCUUGAGAAUUGGUGGCAACCUGAAACUUUAAAUUCAUACCGGGAAAAAGCUAAAUGCUUCGUUAAUACAUACGCCAAUUACAGCACGGAUUUCGGUGGAUCAAGUCAAAAGGUUGACAGUAAACUAUCAUUACGAGAAGACAUUUCGGAUAAUGGCGGAUUCAAGGAAUCACUAUUCGCUUACAGAAAAAGUAUAUCGGAAUUAGGAGAGGAACCGAUUCUUCCGCAGUUUGAAAACUUCACUCACGAGCAACUCCUCACAUUAGCUUUUGCCAAUGUGUGGUGUGAAAAUCCAAACAUAUACUCGUGGUAUAUGAGCUAUUUCAAAUUCCAUAGCCCGAAUGCAGUUCGCGUAAACGGGGUUCUCCAAAAUUCAAAAGAAUUCGCUGAGAUUUGGAAAUGUCCUAAAGGCAGCAAUAUGAACCCCAACAGCGAUAAAUGUUCCGUUUGGUGAUUUUACAAGUCAAUUUUGAAUUAGAAUAAACGACAUCAGAUCUUGAGUGUAGUUAUGAGAUUAUUUUGCACUGUUUUGCUUUGGUACAAUAAAUCGAUGAUGGAAAAUAAAAAAUUUACCCUGUC